AUGGCGGCUUCUGGGCAAUCCUGGCUGAACCAAGACUUUGGCGGCGACGAUGAAGAAUCGGACAACGACUUCAACCCCGGCGUCGAGAUGGGAUCUGAUGCUGAGCAAGACGACGAGGAAGAUUCCACACCACAGAUUAAAACCCAAGGAGGGGCCCCAGCUUCAGACGACGAAUCGACCGCUGGCCAGAAGACCAACGGCAAGAGAUCGGCCUCGCCUACCGAAGAGGACAGAAAAGCCGCGCCGGCAAACGAGGACGAUGACGAAGAACAAGAUGCUGCAGAUGAGGAAGAUGACAACGAGGGGAAGGAAGCUGACGGCGAAGACGAUGAAGGUGAAGGAGAAGAUCUGAAUGGAGACGAAGAUGAGGAAGGGGACGAAGACGAAGACGAAGACGAAGAAGAAGACGAGGACGCGGUGUCGAGUCGUCCCCGAAAGCGCAGAAGGAGAGGCCUAAACCAGUUCUUCGAGGAAGAAGCUGAAGUUGACGAAGAUGACGACGAACUAGAAGCCGAAGAGGAUGACCUGGGGCCAGAAUUCAUACAAGAUACGCAUCCCGACGAUGAUUUGCCUCCCGAAGCCGACCAUGACGACCGAAGACAUCGUGAAUUGGAUCGUCAACGGCAGCUCCAGCAGUCGUUGGACGCAGAGCAAGAGGCAGCAAAGUUCAGAGAGAGAUAUGGCCGCAGAACAACCACAGCCUUGAGCAACACCUCCUUUGUGCCGCAGAAUCUCCUUAUGCCAGACGUCAAUGAUCCGAGUAUCUGGGGUGUCAGAUGCAAAGCUGGAAAGGAGAAAGAGAUUAUCCACAGGCUCAUGAAGAAGUUCGUCGAAAGUCAGGGGAGCCGAAACCCUAUGCGGAUAUGCUCUGCUUUUGAGCGAGGCGACGGCCCUAUGGCUGGUUACAUCUUCGUUGAGGCUAGGCGAAAGGUGGAUGUUGACGAUGCGCUGACCAACGUUGCGGACGUCUACCCAAGGUCGAAGAUGAACCUCGUCCCGGUCAAAGAAAUGCCAGACUUGUUGCGAGUUAACAAAAGCAAAGAGCUUGAGGUUGGAGGUUAUGUUCGAAUCAAGCGGGGCCUGUAUCAGGGCGACUUGGGCAUGAUCGAGAGCGUCGAAACCAACGGUCUUGAGGUAACCGUUCGAUUGGUACCUAGACUCACCUAUGGUAUGGACGAAGAUCAACAGCGUCCUGGCGCUGUUGAUGCUAAGCGAAAACGUCCAAAUGCUUUUGGAGGUCUUAAUUCCGUCGCGAACAGACCCCCUCAACGGCUUUUCAACGAGAACGAGGCGCGUAAGCGGCACGACAGAUUCCUCCAACAGAACAGAGGUCUGACCGGACGGAGCUGGUCUUACAAGGGUGAACUCUACGAAGAUGGCUUUUUGAUCAAGGACUUUAAACUGCAGCAUCUCAUCACCGACAAUGUGAAUCCAAGAUUGGAUGAGAUCACCAAGCUUACAAAGACGGCGGCAGAUGGCUCGGAGCUGCUUGAUCUCGAAUCACUUGCGCAUAGUUUGCGUAAUACGGCAGCCGAAGGCAGUUAUUUGCCCGGUGACGAGGUAGAAGUUUAUGAAGGAGAACAGAAGGGCAUCGUCGGCAGAAUUGAAGCGGUGACCGGGAACAUCAUUUCUAUCAUGGUCACAGAAGGAGAGCUCACUGGUCAACUUGUCGAGGUACCGGUCAAAGGCCUGCGGAAACGCUUCAGAGAGGGAGACAACGUGAAAAUCAUCGGAGGAAGCAAGUACCGUGAUGAAGUGGGCAUGGUGCUUCGCAUCAAAGACGACAAAGUCACCGUCCUUACGAACGAGAGCAACGACGAGAUCACGGUCUUCAGCAAGGAUCUUCGAGAAGCAACAGAUGCAGGAGGUGCUGGUGCCGGCGCCAGCAAGUUUGAUGUGCAGGAUCUUGUGCAAAUUGAUUCUACGACAGCUGGCUGUGUCAUUAGAAGUGACCGCGAAUCUGUUCGGAUACUGGACCAAAAUGGCUCUGUCACCACCAGAAUACCCUCACAGUUGAUGAGAAUCGAAGCACGACGAAACGCUGUGGCAACCGACAAGAAUGGCUCCGAGAUUCGAGUUGGAGACGUCGUGCGUGAAUCGGGGGGCGAAGGCAAGUCGGGCACCAUUCUGCACAUCCACCGAGGGUUUGUUUUUGCCCAUAAUAAAUUGAACAUCGAGAAUGCGGGUAUCUGGGUUGCACGCUGCAGCAAUGUCAUCACUACGGCUGCAAAGGGCGGUCGGAUCACUGCUCCUGCAACAGAUUUGUCUAAGAUGAACCCCGCGCUACAACUUAAGCGCCCAGACAUGUCAAUGGCUCCGCCGCAGCGACCAGGAAGAGACCCAUUGCAAGGUAGAUUCGUUCACAUUAACAAAGGCCCCUACAAGGGGCACCGGGCGCUUGUCAAAGACACCACAGCUGGUGAGGCGCGGCUUGAACUCCAAACGAAGAACAAGACCAUCAAUGUCAGCAAGUUUGAUCUCUCAGUCGUCGACACAAACACUCAAAACAAGACCAGGUACGAGGACUGGAUCAGAAGUCGCGGCGGUCCCUCCGGGAUGCGGGCUGGCCAAGGCAUGCCAGGUUCGCGUAUUCCAGACAGCGGUUUCGGAGGCCGAACUCCUAUGGGCGUCAUGGACGGAGGGCGUACACCAGCCUGGGGCGCGGCAUCGCGAACGCCUGCUUGGGGUGGCCCUAACAGCUCUUCCGCCCUUGAAUCCGGUCGCACACCAGCGUGGAAGGGCCCGUCUGGCUCUCAGACUGCAUACGGUGGUGGCGGCAUGACCUCUUACGGAGGCCCUGGCAAUUAUUCGACCACGGGCAGCCGUACGCCGGCUUGGACGGCUGGCGCAAAGACACCUUACGGUGCGGAUCAUGGUUUCGGCUCUUCCAACAACUCGGGCUUUGAUGCAUUUGCGGCCGGCUCAAGAACUCCGGCGUACACAGCAUCUUCGUCGCGGACUCCGGCGUGGGGUGGUCCUGGAGCUAGUGCUUCAGCACCUACGCCUGCGGCACGGUCCUACGACGCUCCAACUCCAGGCAUAUCAGCCCCGACCCCUGCCGCCUCAGGACAUUACGACGACGACGCUUAUACUCCUUACCUUGGGGCUCCAACGCCCGGAGCUGGUCCGGUUGAUGCACCGACACCGGCCCCAAGCUUCGCGAAGAAUGCAAACAGAGAACCGCUCAAGCACAACCGGUUGGCGGCCUUUGACGCUCCCACACCCGCGGCCAGCGCACCUACGCCGUAUGCUUCUGGGGCAUUUGACGCACCCACCCCUGCAGCGGGCGGGCCGAGGUAUGCCGAUGAUGAUGAUGACCAGGAUUGA